CUUGCUUCUAAUGAAAUUUUUAUUAUUCCCAAAAUAGCCCUGAAAACCUAUCAUCUGAAACUCUCUUCGUGCUCUCAGCCUCAGCCGCUCCUGAAACUCUCAGCCUCAGCCUCCUCUCGUGCUCUCUCGCCUUAGCCUCUCUCAGCCUCUCCCAGCCUCUCUCAGCCUAAGUGAUAUCAGCUUUGUGGUUUUGAGGCAUAAAUAAAAGCACCCAUCCUCCUAUUUUCCUCUCCGAGGCCUUGUAUUUGCUUCAGAAACCCAAAUGGGUGGGUGAUGGGAAGAUCUUCACUUUGGCUGAAGUCUCCGACCACAACACUUCCAACGACUGUUGGCUUAUUAUCAGUGGCAAGGUACUCUAUGAUUGGAAAAAAGUCUUCUGACAUUAUCACUUGUUUAGAGUUACUGUGGCUGAACUCUGAAGAACAAAAAUAUGUACAAACACUUUGCUUGGAAAUGGAAGAACAAGGCUGCGUUUGGUUUGUUGGAUUUUGGAGAUGGCAAUACCAAUUUCAAAGGAAUGGCUUUUCCAUUAGCGUGAUCUACAUUUUCAAAGGGUUGAGGAUAAUCCAGAUGAUUUCGUUUAUGAAGAGAAUCAACCAGAUGACAAUAAUGUAGAAGACAAUCAAGUUUUACUAUCACUGGAAAUGGAUGGAGUACGAGAUUAAAUUGCGGCAACCUUAAUGAAUACGACUUAAUUCUUUUCAUUUGAGUUAAGUUUGUAGGUAUAUACGCGUGUAUUUGUAAGACUUAAGUUUGUAUUUGUACGUAUAUACAUGUUUGUAGGUAUAUACGUGGUGUGUGU